AUGAAUCUAUUUCUUGCAGACGAUGUAGAUGACAGUAGCUACGUUGUGCACACUUCGGUGGAUUACACAAACUGUUUAGUUCCUGGAUUAGAUAAAAUUAUGGCAGCGUCUUACUACUGGGGUGUUAUGGAUCGCUAUGAAGCGGAAGACCUCUUAGAUAAUAAGCCUGAAGGAACAUUUUUGCUCAGAGAUAGUGCUCAGUCGGAAUAUCUUUUCUCUGUAUCUUUUAGACGAUAUAAACGCACUUUGCAUGCACGAAUUGAACAGAAGAAUCAUUACUUCAGCUUUGACUUUUCUGACACAACCUUGUAUUCUGCACCCACUAUUACUGAUCUCAUUGCUUACUAUAAUGAUGCGACUAAAGGUGCUAUAGCUAGUAUGGUUACGUACGACGGUGUGGAUCGGUUGAAUUUGCCGCAAAUGUUGAAGAACUACAUUAAAGUAUAUUAUUAUAAGCAUCCGGUAAAAACAACAAACCACGCUCCUCCAUUUGAAGUGCCUCAUGGCCGAACUUCAAAUCUAACGCACAAGACGUCUAGUCGUCUGAAAAAAAUUAAUAGGCAUGUAUUGGAUUCAUAA